AAGGAGCCUGCAUGAGUAAAGUCAAAAUACAUGAAUUCUAAGAUCAAAUAAAUCCAUCUGACACCAUGGAACUUCACUGCUAUGUGUGAAUUUCAAAGGGCUGACACACAAUGUUGACAAAUGUUUCAACUCAAAGCAGGUAUACCUUGUGGUUUCACCAUCAGUAGAGGUAAGCUGAGCCCCAUCGCUACGUACCGCAAUAAGGAACUGAUAAAGACACAUAGAUGCAUCAAUGGCUAUCUUACGACCUGUGCAACACCCAAUAAAUUCGUUAAAAUGCAACAGCAUUAUACUAGUAUCAACCCCGGAAACAAAAAAAGCAAGAGACAAAAGAUUUUGAUUGUGAAUUUCAAUUCAUCAGCAAUGCUUCAGACUACAAUCAAGACACGUGGGAUGAUUUGAGCAAGUAUAUAAAGCGAAAAGCUAAAACUAAACUUGAUGACAAGAUACGUAAAGUACGGACAGAACAUGGAGAACAGAAUGGUUCUGCUGAUGAUCCCAUCAAAAUUGAAUCAGAAACUAUGCAAGAAGAAGGGAUAUACCUUUCAGAUGAUGAGCUCAAGAAAGAUAACUUCAAAGUCAAAGAGAAAAAAGGAAAAGUCAGAAAACCAGCUAUAGAUGAGGAUCUGGAGCUAAUGAAUUUUGAAGAAGCUCCUGGCUUUGACGAGCAUUCAUCCUUUUAUCAAAUGAAUUUGUCUAGGCCGUUAUUGAAAGCCAUAUCAGCUAUGAAAUUCGUCCAUCCUACACCUAUUCAAGCAGCUACAAUUCCUGUAGCUUUGAUGGGUCGAGAUAUUUGUGGGUGCGCCGCUACUGGUACCGGUAAAACGGCAGCGUACAUGCUUCCAACUUUGGAAAGGCUAUUGUACAGACCUGUCGAAGGAACAGCUAUAUCCAGAGUUUUAGUACUUGUACCAACUAGAGAGUUGGGUGUACAAGUAUAUCAAGUUACAAAGCAGCUUGCUCAAUUCACCACUGUAGAAGUUGGUUUAUCAGUUGGUGGUUUAGAUGUCAAAGUACAAGAGUCUGUUCUGAGAAAGAAUCCGGACAUUGUUAUAGCAACCCCUGGACGUUUGAUUGAUCAUUUAGCAAAUACACCAACAUUCUCGCUAGACAGUAUUGAAGUACUAAUCCUCGAUGAAGCAGACCGAAUGCUUGAUGAAUAUUUUGCUGAACAAAUGAAGCACAUAGUAAAACAAUGUUCCCGAACCAGACAGACAAUUCUAUUUUCUGCUACUAUGACUGAAGCGGUCAAAGAUUUAGCUGCAGUGUCAUUGGAUAAACCAGUUAAAGUAUUCGUUGACAGCAAUCAAGAUGUCGCCUUUAAUUUGAGACAAGAAUUUGUUCGCAUUCGCAAGGAGAGAGAAGGCGAUCGUGAAGCUAUCUUGGCAGCGUUGAUCUGUAGAACCUUUCACGAUCACGUUAUGGUUUUUGUCCAGACUAAGAAACAGGCUCACAGACUUCACAUUCAGCUAGGGUUAUUAGGUGUCAAGGUGGGUGAGCUUCAUGGUAACUUAACGCAACCCCAACGUCUAGAGAAUUUGAGGAAAUUCAAAGAUGAAGAAAUUGAUGUACUGUUAGCAACUGAUGUUGCAGCUCGUGGUUUGGACAUUAGUGGUGUCAAGACUGUCAUAAACUUUGUCAUGCCAGCUACUCUUCAACACUAUAUCCACAGAGUUGGACGAACUGCUCGUGCAGGUCGUGUCGGUGUAUCAGUAUCAUUAGCUGGUGAGCAGGAACGUUCGUUAGUAAAAGAAGUAAUUAAACAGGCCAGAAAUCCUGUCAAGAACCGAAUAAUAGCUCCGGAUAUUAUUGGGAAAUACAAUAGAAGAUUAGAGGUUCUCGAAAAAGAUAUAGACCGAAUUUUACAAGAAGAACAGGAAGAGAAAGAACUCGCUAAGGUAGAAAACCAAGCUAAAAGAGCGGAGAACUUGUUGAAAGGCGAUGACGACAAAAGUCAGAGGUCGUGGUUUCAAAAUGAUCGAGAAAGAAAAUUGGAAAAGGAUAAACUAUCAUUAACCGAGAAACGCGAGAAAGCAAAAAAUAAGAAGAAACAAGAAAGAGAACCCCCGAAUACAGUCACUGAAGAAGCUAGGCGCGCAAAAAAGAAGAAUCCUCACAAAGAAACCGCUGAAGAUAGAGCCAAUAAAGAAAUGGAAAAAGUAGCAGCAUUUCAGGCGAGACUAGCUAAACGAAAGAAUAGGCAAUCCAAGAUCAGAUCUGUUGUUGAAGACAAUUUGCAGAGACCCUCGAAAAAACAAGGAUCAUUGAAAAGAUCGAGAUCAUCAUUUGCUGAUGAUCUAACAGACACAAGUAAGAAGGGUGUCAAAAAAAUGCGUUACGAAGCAAAUGAUAAAAAGAAACAGAGACCGGGAAAAGGUAGCUUCGAUAAGAAACAAAAAUCCAGCAAGGCUUUUGGCAAACCAGCACAAGCCAAAGUGAGAGGUCAAAAGAAAUUCCGAAAGCGACGAUAACUGUCACAUUCAAUCAUGGAACUAGGUAUUAUUAUAAACAUAAUGCACACCUAUUCAGUUGCACGUAAUCUAUCGACAGUGACAUUCGACAGUUGUAGAUUCAUAAUUUGUUUUAUUAUAGAACCAAUACAAUACUUUACUUAUGUCACAGACCGGCAAAUAGCAUUAACUAUUUUGAAUCUGCUCCUCAUUCGAAGUAUGUAAAACCAAUGUUUAUCCCCUACUGUUCGCGGACAUUACAGUAGCAUCUCAUGAGUACAACGAACAUCAUUUAAUUGUUUGCGGUAAUUUUGAGAAAAUUAUUAGAAUACUUUAAUUCAGUUGCAGAUUGUGAACAGUGUAUGAAUAAAUAAAGAGCAAUUUCAUACUCGUAA